AUGACCUUUCUGAAAAUAUCUUUUAAGGCCCUUGACAACAGGAGUAAGAGAAUGGACUCAAACUCUUCGUUCGAUUGGCCUAAUACGCUGAAUGGGACGUACAAGUACCUCUACAUAGAAGGCAACGUCUCCUAUGUGGACUUCUACCUUCAUCAGCCUUCAGUGGCAGCUGUCUUCAUCAUCUCUUACUUCCUAAUCUUCCUGCUCUGUAUGGCUGGCAACGGAGUGGUUUGCUUUAUUGUGCUGAGGAGCAAACACAUGCGUACAGUCACAAACCUGUUCAUCUUAAACCUGGCUGUCAGCGAUUUACUGGUGGGAAUCUUCUGCAUGCCCACCACCCUCCUGGACAACAUCAUUGCAGGAUGGCCAUUUGGGAGCCUGAUUUGCAAGAUGAGUGGGAUGGUACAAGGAAUCUCUGUUUCUGCCUCUGUCUUCACUCUGGUUGCUAUUGCCGUGGACAGGUUUCGAUGCAUCGUGUAUCCGUUUAAGCAGAAGCUGACCAUCUCAACUGCAGUCGCCAUCAUAGCAGUCAUCUGGACUCUGGCCGUUGUGAUCAUGUGUCCUUCUGCAGUCAUGCUGCAGGUACAGGAAGAGAAGCAUUUCAGGGUGAUCCUUGGCUACGGCAAUGAAACCCGCUCCGUGUACUGGUGCCGGGAGCACUGGCCUGACCCGAGAAUGAGAAAGAUAUACACAACGGUUCUGUUCGCCAACAUCUACUUGGCUCCCCUGUCGCUCAUUGUUGUCAUGUACGCCAGGAUAAGCAUCGCUCUCUCCAACACAGCAAUGCACGUGGUGGGAAAGCACCGCCAGGAGCACCAGCACAGCGUAUCUAAGAAGAAACAAAAAGUCAUCAAAAUGCUCAUUAUUGUGGCUUUGCUUUUCACUCUGUCCUGGCUGCCCCUGUGGACUCUAAUGAUGCUGUCAGACUACGCCAACCUUUCAGAUAUCCAGUUGCAGAUCAUCAACAUUUAUAUCUAUCCUGUUGCUCACUGGCUGGCCUUUUUCAACAGCAGUGUCAACCCCAUCAUCUAUGGUUUCUUCAAUGAAAACUUUCGCCGGGGCUUUCAGGCAGCCUUUAAACUUCAGCUCUGCUCCAGGGAGAUCAUUCACAGGGAGGUCUAUUUUCAGCGAGGCCAAAGCAAUGCCAUUUUGCCAGCUGCCAACAACCAGGCACUCCAGAACCAAACUUGCCAAAAUAUUAAGGAGAAGGAGAAGACAGUUAAGAAAGGAAAUUGGGUGAAUGACCAGCAGGAUUUGAUCAUGGAGGAUCUAGAAGUGCCCUGCAAUGAAAUGAAAUGA